GGUACAUGUGACGUGUGUCCGAAAAUGAGCGAUUUAUUGAAAGAAUUUACGGCUUUUUCCGAAAGACUGGAACAUUUUAUUCUAUCAUUCAGUGCGAAAACGAACCUGGUUAAUGUAAGAGUUGAUUCGAAAAUUUUGAGGUGGAGUAAAAAACCAAAUCUUGGUGAUUUCAGCGUAGCAGCGGCGGUCGCAGACAGACUGAAAAUUAAGGAUAGCAAGGUUUUCAGCGAUGCACUACUCAAGGAAUCCCUUCACUGGCCCCUCCCAAUCGAUACCUGCGCACUCACAGAGCAAGGAGCACUGGGCUUCAAGCUCCAUCGCCCCAGCAUCUUCAAGAAGGUCCUGAAUGGGGUGGUGCUUGAGGGUGACAACUACGGACAGUUUGCAGGCAAGGGAGCUGAUGUGACUCCAGUAGGAGUUGGCAUCAUCAUUAGCAGCCUGGCGAGGGUUGAGACAGGGGACAUAGCUUCACAAGUUGACCAAGACCUCACACUCGGUCAGUUGAGAGGUCUGCUUCUGACGGAACACCUGUCAGCUUUGCUCAAAACUGCAGGAUUUCAAGUAAGCCGUCUGACGCCAGCUACAUACUCGUCCGAAAUUUUGGACCGCUUUGGAAUAAAGCCCUUUGAUACGUGUGGAACUGAAGCAACCGCAUCACAGGAACUGAAAACAGAAACUCAGGACAGAUUAGUCAGUAAAGCCUCCCGCUGCAAAUUCAGAACUGAUAAACCAAGGUCCGAAUGGCAAGAGGGCAUGAACUCAGAUCAGAGGUCAAGUGAGGACUUCGGGGCUGGACAGGCUGACUGUACUUUCAGGGAUGGCGACCCCAAGGCAGCAAGGUUGUUAAACCGUGCGGACAUCAGUCUGGAUUUGCAUCAGUUCAUCCUGGAUGAGAAGCUGCCUCUGGGAAAAUCCGGAUAUGACAAGAACCUGCAAAAAGUCAAAGUUGUCUUACCCGAUGGCUCACCCUCUCCAAUCUUGAUGCAGUGUUCCUUCAUAGAGGACAGUCUCAGCCAGACAAAUCCACAGCCCUCCCACGUAAUUCAUGUCGCCAGCCAAGGGUCGUGUUUCCAGCAGCAGCAGGCAGCUCUUGCUUGGCGCCUGUGCUCAACAAGAGCCUCGGCGGAGACCAUUCAUCAGCACCACCUAACCCACGGCCCUGUCACUGCUCGGAAGGCAGAGUCAAAGGGGAAGGAGGACAUCAGUGCAGCUGAGCUCCUCCAAGUACGAGAAAUGCAGACGAGGAAAGCGUCGGUCUUGAAGUACGGGGAGGAGGUGCAAGGCGAGGGUUGGGAUCAACUCAUCAGAAGACUGGCAAUUGCUGGACUGAAAUUUGAAAUACUGGGAAAGCAGUGCGGACACAUGCUGAAGGUAGAGCUGUCCAACUCCCGUAACUCCAGCACGUGGCCAGACAGCAGGGAUGGCGUGUUUGUGAUGUACAAUUAUGCACGGCUUUGUACACUGUUCAGCCAUUUUGAAGAGGAGGUGGCCAAAGGGACAUACCCUCCCCUGCCUGAUAUCGCGAGCUUGGACUUUGGCCUCCUACGCGAAGACCAGGAAUGGGGACUGCUCUUCCACUACAUCUUGCAAUAUCCCGUCAUGCUGUCCGAGUGCGUCGCUGACUUGCUGCAGACGAGGGGGCCGCAUAUCAGUAUCCACACACACCGGGUAUGCGGUUUCUUGGUCAGCCUUUGCCGUGAUCUGAGCUCAUAUUACAGCCAUACCCACGUACUCGGGGAGCCAAGGCCCCAUCUCGUCCCUGUCAUGUUGGCUCGUUUGCACCUCCUGAAGGGCGUCCAGCAGAUCCUCAAGAAUGGCCUGUCGCUUCUCAACAUCCAACCUCUGUCACAGAUGUAAUGCCCUUCUAUGUUACUCCUCCUGUGGUAGGCUUCUCAAUGAAGAAAAGCCUGGGAGAGGGUGGGGACGAGUCAGAUUUUGACUGGAGGCUUGCAUCUGUAAUCUACUGGGGUAUUAAUCCCUUGAUCCAGUUGAUCCAACUCGUGAGGCAUUUUGGGUAGCAAUGCUGAAAGAGCAUUUCUAAAACACAUCUUGUCAUUUAUCUGGUGCUGAAUUGCCGCUCUUUGUAAAUUCAUUGUUUAAUCCACUGAGCACGCACGUACGUGCCAGGCUUCUGACAUUCGAUUCGAUUAUCAAAAGAGUGGGGGUACAUCUAGCAUAAAAUAAGGCACCCGACUGUAACCCACAGCAUUAGCAGCAAUAAAUAGACUGGAAUUCGGCUUAUGCAACAGUAAUGAGUUUUGUCGAGUUGAGUUUUCGAUCUAGCGCUCUGGUUCCUUUUUUUGUUUGGUUAUCUACCAGUGUUGUAGAAACCAUCACAAGGCUUCACAAGACCCGUCACAAGACCAGUCACAAUUAACAGGGUGAAUAGUGACAACGGAAUGUGUUUUGUUUUAGUUCAGUAAAACAGACCGUAACUUGAAUACAGAUAGGUGAAAUAUGAUAUAUGUCUUUGGCUAAACACCUGGAAGUUGGUAUUAAACAGUAGGAAUUGGGCCUAAAAAUUGAAUGGAAAACAUUUCCCUUUGAACUGUUCAUCACAAAGCAUGUGCUAAAUCUCAUCAGUCACCCAGCCACGAGGAUUCAGAUUUCAGUCGACUGAUUGGGGCAUUGAAACUCUGUAAAAGCCAAAUGUUCCUGCAUUUCAAGUUACACAGACUCUUGAUGCUAACGUGCAGCUACGCGACCCGGUGGUAUAACGGUAAAUACCAUAUUAAAACACCUGUUUUUCCACAUGAAAUUGUCAUGAAACAUGUAUGCAUAUGCUAUACAGGCACACGUCUCGCUGGAUGGCUCGUAUCUAUAGCAGGCUGCCUCCUUGUGUUGGAAAUUCGUCACAAACCAUGACAACAUGGUCGCUAAUAAUAACAGGAAGUACAAAGAGUUUGGCAAGUCCUUAUUAUUUGUUUGCAUCGCACAGAAAUUCCCAUGAAAAGUGAAUGAGAAAGCCGGUUUAGUGUAUUUGUGCAAGUAUUGAAACAUCAUUUGUUGUGCAUUUUGUCAUUGAAUUGUGCUUUAGAAUUUCACAGAUUCUUCUGUGCUACCCGUCUGGAUUUUUGUGGCAAAUUGUAAUUUUUAUAGAGGAAAAUAAAUUAUUUGAUGCUGCUGUGUUUU